UCUCCAGGUAAGCGGCUGCAGGAGUGGGUGUGUGUGGUUCUGUGCCUCUUCCUCUUCCUCAUCAACCUCUCGUUCCUCCUCCUCCACUUCUCCACCGUCCACAUCCACGGGAUCGUCCUGGGCAUCGUCCUCGGAAUAGUGACGGCAGACUUUGCGUCGGGGAUGGUCCACUGGGGGGCAGACACCUGGGGAUCUGUGGACAUCCCUGUUAUUGGCAAGGCAUUCAUUCGACCGUUCAGGGAGCACCACAUCGAUCCCACCGCCAUCACUCGCCACGACUUCAUCGAAACCAACGGGGACAACUGCAUGAUCCCCAUCCUGCCACUGACACACAUGGCCAUCAAGUUCCUCACAUACACACCAGAGGCCUUGGCGGCGUCCUAUCCCUGGGACUGUUACGUGUUCGCCCUCGCUGUUUUCGUGACGCUGACCAAUCAGAUUCAUAAGUGGAGUCACUCCUACUUCGGACUCCCACGCUGGGUCACCAUGCUCCAGGACUGGCAUCUGGUGUUGCCACGGAAACACCACCGCAUCCACCACGUCUCGCCACACGAAACAUAUUACUGCAUCACUACAG